CUACCGGUGAGAUGGAUGGCCCCAGAGUCUCUGUCAGACAGUGUGUACACCACUAAGAGUGACAUGUGGGCCUAUGGUAUACUGCUCUGGGAGAUUGUAACACUGGGAGCAACUCCUUACCCUACCAUGGUGUCAGCGAGAGAUUUACUGAAAGAAAUUGACCAAGGUUACAGAAUGGAGAAACCAAAACACUGUACUCCGGAAUUAUACCAGCUUAUGACGUGGUGUUGGAAACAAGACCCCGGAUGUCGUCCAACAUUUGAGGAGUUGGUUUUCCAUUUGGAGAAAUUACUGAAAGAAGAAAUGACCACCCAUGUCGAUCUCAACCAGUACUCAGAGAGCGCCUAUGGCAACGUUGAAAAUAAGAUAAAAGGAGAGAAACUGUGAAGUGGAUGAA